GCAAUGAUUGUAAGGAAUGCAAAGGAUACAGCUCAUACAAAAGCAGAGCGGAAUAUACUGGAGGAAGUGAAACAUCCCUUCAUUGUAGACUUAAUUUAUGCCUUUCAGACCGGUGGAAAACUCUACCUCAUCCUUGAGUAUCUCAGCGGAGGAGAAUUAUUUAUGCAGUUAGAGAGAGAAGGGAUAUUUAUGGAAGACACGGCUUGCUUUUACUUGGCAGAAAUCUCAAUGGCACUGGGGCACUUGCAUCAAAAAGGAAUUAUCUACCGUGAUCUGAAGCCUGAAAAUAUCAUGCUUAAUCAUCAAGGUCAUGUAAAAUUGACUGACUUUGGAUUGUGUAAAGAAUCUAUUCACGAUGGAACAGUCACACACACGUUCUGUGGGACAAUUGAAUACAUGGCCCCUGAAAUUUUGAUGAGGAGUGGUCAUAAUCGUGCUGUGGACUGGUGGAGUUUGGGGGCAUUAAUGUAUGACAUGCUGACUGGAGCACCUCCUUUCACUGGGGAGAACAGAAAGAAAACAAUUGACAAGAUUCUCAAGUGUAAACUCAACUUGCCUCCCUACCUCACACAAGAAGCCAGAGAUCUGCUUAAAAAGCUGCUAAAAAGAAAUGCUGCCUCACGUCUGGGAGCUGGUCCUGGAGAUGCUGGAGAAGUUCAGGCUCACCCGUUCUUCAGACACAUUAACUGGGAUGAGCUGUUGGCACGAAAGGUGGAACCUCCUUUUAAACCCUUAUUGCAAUCUGAAGAGGAUGUGAGCCAGUUUGAUUCAAAGUUUACACGUCAGACACCUGUUGAUAGCCCAGAUGACUCUACCCUCAGUGAAAGUGCCAACCAGGUCUUUCUGGGUUUCACCUACGUGGCUCCAUCUGUACUUGAAAGCGUAAAAGAGAAAUUUUCUUUUGAACCAAAAAUUCGAUCACCUCGCAGAUUCAUAGGUAGCCCUAGGACACCAGUCAGCCCUGUAAAGUUUUCCCCUGGGGAAUUCUGGGGAAGAGGUGCUUCUGCCAGCGCAUCAAAUACUCAGACACCUGUGGAAUACCCAAUGGAGACAAGUGGAAUAGAACAAAUGGAUGUGACAGUCUGUGGAGAGGCCUCGGCACCACUUCCCAUCCGGCAACCGAACUCUGGGCCAUAUAAGAAACAAGCUUUCCCCAUGAUUUCCAAACGACCGGAGCACUUGCGCAUGAAUCUAUGACGACACAAUUUUUCUAAGCCUUUGAAGGUGGAAAACAAAGAACGGACCUAAGCCCCCCUUGAAGCUGAAACUGGAGGGCUUGUACGGUUUACUUUUUAAAAGUGACAGUAUCAGAGUCAGUCAUUGCACAGAGUGACUUGGAAAGCAAAGGAAAAUGGAUUUUUUUUUUUUUUUUUCCUGUCAAUCAAUGGUGCAUAAAAAAACUUUAGAAAAUGGUAUUGCAGAACUCUAGGCACAUCAUCUAACUGAUUCACAGUGACAUCUUCUCACCUUAUCAAGGAUUUUUCAGCUCGAUAGCUUGAAACUGACAGUAUUAAGGGUCAGGAUGUUGCUUCAGAAUCACCGGUCUAGCCGUGAAUGUGUCGAGGAGGGUUUAGCCCUUUCACUAGGCAGAGUGUGGAAUGCCUACACGCUUGUGUCUGAGGAGAAACCAGCAUGCAAGCUUGGUUAAGCUGUUUCCUACGAUGGGGUGGAAUCAAAGAUGAAAGAUAAAAUUAAUUGGUAUUUCACAUUCAAAACAUAAUGAGUUUUUUAUAUGUAUAAAAAUAUAUAUUUUUCAAAUAGAUUUUUUGAUUCAAGCUCAUUAUGGCAAGUAUCCCAAAAUUAAAAAUGCAAAAUAAUUGGUUGCUGUGAAGAAAGUAAAGGCUCAAGUUCUGAUUCUUCUCCUCGUGAAACAACAAAUCAAUAAUGGCUCAAAUUACCAGCUUGGCAAUGUGGGGUGGGAGAGAACUGUUUCACUUGCUUACCCAGCUGAAAUACCUGUUCCUGCAAAGACAAACGGAUCUAAUCAGAUGGCAAUGCUGCUAUGUUCUAGGCUUAACUGGAAGCCGUGGGCUCAUGUACAUGUCCUGCUUAUUUCACCCUUGUCCUCAGCAGACAUUUCACUGGGAAACAUCACUUUUGUAUACCCUAGUCCCUAGAUGGAGACAGCUGAAUGCCUUCAGAUUCUUACCCACAGGAAAGAUCAGGAGAGAGUGCAUCGGAAUACAGGUCAGUGGAAACAUAGGAUGUACCACAGGAAACUUACACAAACUCUACACAGAAUAAGGAAAUAAACCUUUUUGUAACCAGUGGGUAAGAAUUUGAGGAUUUUUUUUUUUUUUUCAAUAAAAUUCUGCUUAUGGGA